UAACAAGAAUAUGCCACAUAAAGUAAAUGCUUUAGGUAUAUUUGGAAUCAUUUUAUCAUUAUUAGGUUUUGCAUUGCUUUGCACUAGUAUGUUUACUCCACAUUGGAUAUAUAAUUUAGUCGGAUCCAGUUCUGGGAUUAUUACUGAGUGUGGCAAAAAUGAAUGUUUUUUAUCGGUUACGACGCAAGAUGCGAGGAUAUUGCCAACAAUCAUAUGUUUAAUUCUGGCUUGCAUCCUAAACAUAAUCGGAAUCGUGGUGGGAAUAGUCUCUUGUUUCAAAUCAACGAAGAUAACCUUGAAGGGAGCUAUAGAUAUUGGAGGAGGGCUUGUUGUUUUAGUAGCAAACGGAGUUUUUACGUCGAUGGUUGUUUUAGAAAUUCGUUACAAAAAUGGCAAUCCUGGGUUCAGUGAUUUCGGUUGGUCGUUUUACUCAUGUUGGUCGUCUGGUGCUGUUAUUAUUCUUGCCGGAAUAAUCGAAGCUAAUGGAAGGAGUACAACCCACCAGAAUGAAGAGAUUCAUCCAACUACCAUGCAGGCUCACGUGUUGUAUGUUAAAACUCCACAGGCUCGCAAUGGCACAAUUAGCCAAGCUGGAGAGUAUCAGAUGGCAUUAAUUAACGAUUGAAAAAAACUAUCGUGGAUUUGUAGUGGAGACAACAGAGAGUGUAUUACACUAGGCGUUGGGUCGUAAUAAUAUGGAGAAAAUUAAUCGUUUUGCAUUUUUUACACAAUGAAGUUUUGGCGCUCCUGAAGUAUGCACACCAAGAUGUCGCAUAACCUGAACCCUAACCUGGUACACAUAUUAUGUUCAGGCUGUGCGCCAUCUUGGUGCGCAUACUUCAGGAGGUCCGAAGUUUGUUAUAAUAGGCUAUUCCUGUCAAAUGUUCAUAAUUAUUGAAACAUUUUUAAUGCUUUUAAUAAUCAAUGACGUAGCAAACUUAUCCGUACGAUUUGGAAGUUGUUCCAGGAUUACGUUUUCAAUUUUGUUUUAUUUACCGACCUUUCUAGUAAAUUUACUUCCAAAUUAGUCAUAUACGCCAACGAAUGACAACACAACUCUGUAUGAUAUUUUAUUGAAAAAAAAUUUACCUGACUCAAGAAUAAUCAACCGGCAGGCUUAAUUUUGGUUUCUGAAGCAGGAAUUAAAAACAUAAUUAUGUAUAAACGUUACGUAUGAUCUGAUGCCGACUUAAAUUUUAAUAUUGCGAGAAGUUGUUCAGUUUUACUCAUAUGACACUCGAAAACUGACGGGACCCAAUUCAUAUUUACCAGUAGAGAAAGUUAGGCAAUAUUCCAGGCUAAACUCAAAACCUGGGCUUAGAAUCUUGCAAGUAUACAAAUUCCGGGUCGAAUCCAGUUCAAUGACGUUAUAGGUAAUCAGAACUGCUUUUGAGGCAUCUAUAGUGGUUUGGUAUUGGAUGAAAAGACUUGAAAACAUUAUUAAUAUACCCAUUGCAUUCAAACGGGAGGGUUUAAUGUUUUCUUUUCAUAAUUAACAUGUAUCAAAGCAGAAUUUUUUUCAUGUUUGAUCGCUCGGUUUGUUUGAUUGAUAUCUCUAAUUAAUUCUUUUUUUUAGCCGAAUACGAUAGAAUUCAGUCAUGUUCAAGCAGCAAAUUUCAAUGUGAAUUAUUGUAAUUCGUCUCCCGUUAAUUUAUAGUUUUAUAGAAAUAUCUUAU